AAGAUCUUGCCAUUGCUUGAUAGACGGACAGUUAAAAACAUCCCCAAGUAUGCUCCAGCACAAUUCUACAUUGACAACGUCUUGCCUAGGGUCAAGGAAAAGAAGAUAAUGUCCCUAAAACCUUUUGUUGAUCGACUCGGGUAUGACAAUGUUCCUCCAGGAAUCAACAAGCUAAGGUGCAGGGUGAAUUAUCAUGCUCUGAAAUUUCUUCCCCAUAUUGAACAGAUGGCUGAUCUACUUGCAUCAAGAAUGAGAAACCGCACAGGCAGUUCAAAUCCUUACAUGGCUCUCCAUCUUAGAUUCGAAAAAGGGAUGGUAGGCCUAUCAUUCUGUGAUUUUGUGGGAACAAGGGAGGAAAAAGCUUUAAUGGCAUUAUAUAGACAGAAAGAAUGGCCUCGACGGUUUAAGAAUGGUUCCCAUCUAUGGUCUUUGGCCCUGCAAAAGCGGAAGGAAGGACGGUGCCCUUUAGAGCCUGGAGAAGUAGCAGUCAUUCUUCGGGCGAUGGGCUAUCCCAAAGAAACUCAAAUUUAUGUUGCUUCUGGGCAGGUUUAUGGUGGACAGAACCGCAUGGCACCUCUCAGGAACAUGUUCCCAAAUCUUGUCACAAAGGAGGAGUUGGCAAGCAAAGAGGAGUUGGAUGGCUUCAGGAAGCAUGUGACAAGCUUGGCAGCACUCGACUUCUUGGUCUGCUUGAAGUCCGAUGUGUUUGUGAUGACCCAUGGUGGCAACUUUGCGAAACUGAUAAUUGGGGCUCGUAGGUACAUGGGUCACCGGCUCAAGUCCAUAAAACCAGACAAGGGACUUAUGUCCAAAUCUUUAGGGGACCCCUACAUGGGCUGGGCCACCUUUGUGGAAGAUGCUAUCAUCACCCACCAGACACGGGCAGGAUUGCCUGAAGAAACCUUUCCUAACUACGAUCUCUGGGAGAACCCUUUGACUCCCUGCAUGUGUAGAGCCUGACCACGAUAGUUACUCAUUUUUUAAAAUACACUUGAGAAUUGGUCUGUGCAAAGAUUUCUGAGUCUCCCUAUUUCAAUUUUAGGAGAUGGUUGAAUAUUAAUUGGAAAUUGUGUCAGAACAGGUUUGAAGGAGCAGUUUUUUGAUGCCGUCUUUGAAGAUCAUCGGAUACGACACUCUUCCUUUGCAGUGACAACUUACAAUUUUGUAGCUCAUUUUUUUGUGCAUGGCUGAUUAAUGUAAAUUAUGAAUGUGAAUUUUCACAAUGUCCCUAUCAUGAACUUCAAAAUGUCUGGAAUUAUUUGUAUGAUGACUAGUAUGCAUUUUACUUGACUGUAGAAUUGGCAGUUUCUUUGUGUUGCUAA